AUAGAAUAUAUAAACAACCUGUCCUUCCAUAGACUUAAUUGUGAUCAACCAGUCACUUGAGCUGAUCGUUUCCAGGGCCUAUUGCAACCUUUACACCCAGUCACUUCAAAACUAUGCGUUCUUCUCUUUCCACAACAGUCGCUCUCGGCGUCACUGGAGCUCUUGCGGUCAAAAGCACUUCCUAUCAUUACAUGCCCGUUGAGUUUGAAUAUGGCCCCGACUCCCGUGUGACAGCCGACAUCACAUUUGGCACUGCACCAGCAGCCAAGCCCGUCAGAGUAGUAAUGGAUUCUGGCAGCGCAAAUUUCUGGGUCUGGUCACCGGAUGCCACUGUGAACUGGGGAUCGCCAUAUCUAGGAGUUACAGGACCCUGCAACGCCAAGGUCCCAGUUAGCUACGACCCAGCUGUAUCGCCCAAUUCCAUACUCAGCAACCAUACUUCUGGGUAUGCCUAUGCUGGAAACGCCAAAAUCGUCAGCGGAAGUCAGUAUGCUAACGACACGAUCAUGGCAGUAGGAGGCAACGGACCCAUUCCAAAUGUUCAGUUCGCACUUGAGAAUUUUGGGCUCUUCAAGCUUGGCGACAACGGAUCUUGUGUCCCCCCGCCAUACGAUGAAGGGAUCCUGGGUUUGUCAUAUUAUAAUGCAACCAAAACAAACGGCCCUUCAUUCCGUCAGAACCUUUUUGAAAGUGGACAAAUCGCAUCAAAAACUGUUUUCAUGUGGUUUGACAAGCACCUGGGAGCCCUCGGUGACCUUACCGGAGGCAUUUUGUUUGGCGCAGUUGAUACUUCAAAAUACACCGGUCCACUGGUGGAAGUUGAGAACGUGGUUGCAGAGUACGACGUUGGCGUCUACGUCGCCAAGCCAAACAUCACCAUCGGUGGCCAGACGUUCGUCCCGGAUAACGAUUAUAAGUGCCUUGUCGACUCGGGCGCUCAUGCUGAUUACCUUCCAUUCGCUUACGGCAGUGGGCUUGAAGAACUUUUCUUUAACGCCACCGGCGGGCAACUUCUUAAUUACAAUGGCGCCGGUAUCGUUGCGUUCAACGGGAGCUGUGAAUCCAUUCCCCAAGACUUUCAUAUAAAGUAUACCUUCGCUGGUGUCUGUGGUCAGACUGUGGAUAUCAGUGUUCCGUUAAGAAAUUAUGCGAGGGGCCUCAUCGAUCCUCAAAGUACGCAGGAUAUCUGCUUGUUCAAUCUGGAGCUCGGUGGGUGUACAUUUGGUGCUCCUUUUCAGAGCGCUGCGGCUAUAUUGAUGGACGAUGAGGGAGAUCGCGUGGCGUUUGCGCAAGCGGCGAUUUCAGAGGAGGGAGAAGGUAUUGCUGACAAUUCGUUGACUGUAAUCGGUUUGGGACAGAGUGUAGCCUUUUGGGAUGGCCUGAGGUGA